UAAAGACAAUUCAUGAAGGAUAAUAAUCACCAAAACCCGGACGCGAAAUAGUUAUUUUACCUAGUUCUUUGUUACCGUAGUCACCAGUGACGCCAUUUGAUAAAGUUUAAAAAAUAUAUAAAUCAUGCCACCCAAGAAAGGAAAAAAGGGAAAGGGAAAGAAAGGAAAGAAGGGAGGUAAAGGAGACAAAGAUGACGGUGCAGGAGAAGGACUAGAAAAGCCAAGAACUCCAGAACCAUCGGAGAAAGAAGUCAUAUUACAACAGGAACUGGAAAAAGUUACAAAUGAACUGGAAACCAACAGAGCCAGAGUACAAGAACUACGUAAAGAACAUGAAUGGUUACAACAGGAAGCUAACAGAGUUAAAAUGGAAAGCCAUGAGUACAUGAGUUAUAUGGAUACAAAGGAAACCAUGAGAAAGACGGCCAUUAUAACUCUCAGUGACCAUUACAAACAUGAAAUUCAGGACAUACAAGAUGAGAAAAGUCUCAUGGAACUAGAAUUUAACGAGAAAAAGGAAGCACUACAAAAACUGUUAAUGGAGAAAGAAAAUACCUUAAAGAAAACAACAGAAGAACUGUCACAACUUCAAGAAUAUAAGGAUUUACAAGAUGAACAGUUGUCUAAGAUAAAAAGCCUUGAAGCUGAAGUGAUGCAGAUGAGAGCCAAACAUUCAGAUACAAUACAACAAGUAAAAUCUACCUUCCUUAAAGACAAGAAAGAAUACGAGGAAGAUUCUAGGGAGAAGAUUAAUACACUGGAGAGAUUAGCUAAUAAGGAAGCCAUUCAAUGUUUAACAGAUCACACAAAUAGAAUUAAGACAGAAAAUAGACAGCUUAGGAAAGAAUUACUGGAUCUAAUAAAUAUAACCCGUGCUUACAAGGCUCAUCAACUGGAUCUCCAGGAGCAGAAGAAACAGUUAGUCAGGGAACAACAAUAUGCUGGUGAUUUAAAAACACUCAGGACAACAAGACAACAUAAAGUGUUGAAAAAGUUUGGAAUGUUAACAGACAAUGCCGACUCAUCAGAUAAUGAAGGAACAACAAGUUGAUUCUAUUUAUAGAUUGGGGGAUUUUAUGACAAAAGUUUACUUUGUAUUAAUUUAUGCAUUUGAAACAAAACUUUUAUGUGGAAUCAUUUUGUGUAUUAUACAUUAUUGAUACCCAUGCACUGAUAGUGUUAUAUUGUUAAUUUGACAUGCUGUUCUAUUGGUUAUACAUUUGUUUCCAAUAGUUACGGAGGACGAAGGACAAAUAAAUAUGCCAACUUGAUCAUCCAUGAACUUAUAGGGCAUAGGGAAAUAUUUAUUAUAUAUUAUCUGUGAUAAGAAUCAUAUUAAAACAAUUAAAAAAUAACAAA